AUGCCUGGCCCAGUGGACACCGCAAAGUCCAUCAACAAGCGGAAGAGAAAGCACGGCUCCAAGUCAGAGAGCGAUGUCGCCAAGCCCGUUGAAUCUAAGUCGAGCCCUGCUAUGACACCGAAGAAGUCAUCAUCGACCCCCAAGCCUAAGGCUUCAGCCGAGAAGUCUACCAAGAAGCGCAAGGUCAGCCCUUCACCAAGCGCCGAGCAAGAGAGCGCCGAGGAGGCUGAGGAUGUUGAGGAGGCCAACGCCGAAGAGGAAAGCGACGUCGAGGAUAUUGAUGCCGCCAACGGUGCCGACCUUCCCACCAUGGACGAUGUUCGUCUCCCACAGACCGAGGGUGAGCUGCAGGAGUUCUCUGAGCUCAACCUCUCGGAAAACACAAUGAAGGGUAUUCGAGACAUGGGCUUCACGAAGAUGACCGAGAUUCAACAGAGAACCAUUCCCGCCCUGCUUGCGGGUAGGGAUGUUCUUGGAGCGGCCAAGACUGGUUCUGGAAAGACUUUAUCCUUCUUGAUCCCCGCAAUUGAGAUGCUGCAGGCUCUGCGCUUCAAGCCCAGAAACGGUACUGGUGUUCUUGUUGUAUCUCCUACCCGCGAAUUGGCCCUCCAGAUCUUUGGUGUUGCCCGUGAACUCAUGACCCACCACUCGCAGACCUUCGGUAUUGUCAUUGGAGGCGCCAACCGUCGUGCCGAGGCCGAGAAGCUGAUGAAGGGUGUCAACCUACUCAUCGCAACUCCCGGUCGUCUGCUGGAUCACUUGCAAAACACCCAAGGAUUCAUCUUCAAGAACCUGAAGACCCUGAUCAUCGACGAAGCCGAUCGAAUUCUCGAGGUCGGAUUCGAAGAUGAGAUGCGCCAGAUUGUCAAGAUUCUGCCCACCGAAGAACGUCAAACCAUGCUUUUCUCCGCCACACAGACUACCAAGGUCGAGGAUUUGGCGCGCAUAUCCUUGCGCCCCGGUCCCCUUUACAUCAAUGUUGACCACCGAAAGGAACACAGCACAGUGGCCGGUCUGGAACAGGGCUACGUGCUUUGUGAGGCUGACAAGCGUUUCUUGCUUUUGUUCUCCUUCUUGAAGCGCAACCUAAAGAAGAAGAUCAUUGUUUUCUUCUCGAGUUGCAACUGCGUUAAAUACCACGCUGAGCUUUUGAACUACAUUGAUCUCCCCGUCUUGGAGUUGCACGGCAAACAGAAGCAACAGAAACGCACCAACACGUUCUUCGAGUUUUGCAACGCCAAGCAAGGUACCCUGAUCUGUACCGAUGUCGCCGCCCGUGGCUUGGAUAUCCCUGCUGUUGACUGGAUUAUCCAAUUCGACCCCCCUGAUGAUCCUCGUGAUUACAUUCACCGUGUUGGACGUACCGCUCGUGGUGCCGAAGGCAAGGGUCGCAGUCUGAUGUUCCUUCAGCCCUCCGAGGUCGGCUUCUUGAAGCACCUGAAGGAGGCCCGUGUGCCCGUAGUCGAGUUUGAGUUCCCAGCAUCCAAGAUUGUCAACGUGCAGUCUCAGCUGGAGAAACUCAUUGGACAGAACUACUAUCUUAACAAGUCUGCCAAGGAUGGUUACCGAUCCUACCUGCAGGCUUAUGCCUCGCACUCUCUCCGUACUGUCUUUGAUGUCAACAAGCUUGAUCUCGUCAAGGUUGCGAAGGGCUUUGGUUUCAAUGCCCCGCCUCGCAUCGACAUUCAACUAGGUGCCAGCUUGAGCCGUGACAAGAAGCAGGAGCAGCAAGGACGCCGCACAUACGGCAGUCAGCCCAAGAACGGUGCUGGACUGAAAUUCAAGCGCAAGCACGAUGACUGA